AAAUCACUGGAUCCGUCAAAGCCAAUUGACAAGUAUCUGUGUCAGUAGUGAACAGCAAAUCGAAAAAACAAUUUCUUUGGUUUGGUAAACUACACAAUUGCAGCAGUCCAACAGAAAGAAAACUGUAAACAACAGCUAUCUCGGCCUGAGAGUUGAUUCGGCAGGUUAAAAUUACCGAUUACAACUACGUCAUCAGGUCCAAGUGCACAUUCAUUCUGCAAUUGAUUCAACGAACGAGCAGAAGAAGAGCGAUAACGAUCAAUACUAGAGCAACUGCGUGUCCUGUGCUGGCAAUAUGAUUGUGGACUGCAAUCAAAACACCACCGCCGGAUUUUUUUACUAUUAGAGAUGUUUCUAUCGCAGGGAUAUACAUUGAAGUGCGGAGGAAAAAGUGACCUAUCUGUUACAGUUGAAUCAAAGUUUUUGAGCAGUCGACAAAGUUGUAUAAGCCAAUGAGCACGAAUUUGAAACUGGUUCAGUUUUGCUACCACAUCGCGAUGUCAGUUUCCAGAAGCAUAUUUAUACAAAAGUCCGUCAAUGGAUUCGAAAUUAUCAACACCCGAAGAUAUACGAAAUCAAAAACGACUGACUUUUACCAAUGGUAUUGAAAUGACAAACGCCCUAAGCUCAAACGCCAAAAGAGAAGUAGCAGAACCGAGCGCUGCGACAACCAUCCAUAAUAACAUCAAUGCAAUUGUACCCAAAUUUAAAUUAUAUAUUCCAGAAAGCCCUAGCACAAAAGCUUUACACAUGGAUUACAGUUUGACAAAAGACCUAUUGAUCUCCGAAAAGUUGUUUGCAUUAUAUAAGCAGAAGUCUCACUUUCAUCCUUGGGACAAAAAUUUAAAUAGAAAAAUAAGUCGAUUACAUCCCAAGCCAUAUACGUCACAUUCAGAUCUUUUUUUUGCACCACUUACUGUGAAUAAUUCACGAGUGGCUCAGAAACAUUCAAUGAGUAAAACUGUUUUAGGUAAGUAUGAUGCACUGAUGACUGAUUUAGGACUAUCCGGAUACAAAUAUUUUCAAAGCGCAGUUAUGAGGGACUUGGAGAAACGAGAAGAGCAAAAAGUGGAAGCCACUAUUCAUACAUUAUUUGAAAAUUCAACUGAUUCUAUUGAAACAGGAAAUUCAAAACAGGCUUAUUUCAGGAAACCUUUAAAGUACCCUAGUACUAAUAUAUCAUUCGAAUAUACUGCUCCACAAAAUUCACAUAGCAAUCGAGAUUUUUAUAGUCAUAGUAACCCAAUAAUCUUUAACUCGAAAAUUCUAGAAAGUGAUAAAAAACAAAAUUUGAGAAGAGAUCCGAUAUCUGCAAAUUUGACAAAACAAUUAUAUGUCAAUACUGCAAACAACAGUAUAAGCAAAUAUGAAAACAACUUAAAAAACACGCUGUCUAAUAAUUCACACACACACUUUAUUGCUAAUUCAAACUCUUUGCACAAUGGGAAAACUCGUAUAGAUUUGAAUUAUUAUGUUUCCCGAAAAUCUUCGAAUCGCUUUGAAAAUUGCACGGAUAAUAAAUUUUAUAAAACUAAAAUCAAAAAUAACAGAAAUCAUUUGAGGCAUGACAAUACAUCCUCCAGGUAUCUAUCUGUCAAAUUCAAUGAAACAACAAAAUCUCCUACAGUGAAGCAAUUUCAAAAUAAUAUGUUGAAAUACAAGGAUAUUUCUCCAAAUUUAUACCGAAUAUCACAAGAAAAUAAAAAUUUAGGCAAAAAUGUGGGUGUUGGAGCGUAUCGGGGAUCUAUCAAAUACAUUGAUCAUUUAAGAACUGAAAAUAAUUAUUACUAAUGUUUAUAAUUAAUCAAAAAAUCAAGAGAAUAUGCAGGUUUUGUAAAAAAUACACAAGUCAUACCUGAACAAUAAAAAUUUCUUAAGUAAAGAAUCAGUCAUCUGUUUUUUUAAUUCGAAUACAAAAACAACUAUUCAUUAAGCGCUCGCAUAUAAAAACCCAGCUUUAAAAUAGUUACAAAUGAGCAAUUUUCGUUGAGACCGGCUUACUAUUUACAAGAAGGUGUUGGAAACGACUCAAGAUAUUUUUGUUCAAAAA